GGAUGCUUCAAGUUGCUUAUAUACCUCUGAUUUACUUUGUCUUGCUUGGUUGCGGCACUAUGUGGGUUACAGGGACGCUUGUUGCCAAGCGAGGGGGGGAUUACACUCAGCGGAAGAGAGAAGGCGGGAGGGGCGUCGCGGUUUCAAGUAGGAAUUCGAGUCGAAUGAACAAAGGGCGAGCUGGCAUGGGUUUUCUGUUCUGUUCCGAAAACAGGGGGAUUAUGGAAGUACAAGGGGCAUCUGCCGAUUCGCGCGUCGGGGUUCGUUGGAAGAGAACAUUGGCGGGGCUGAACAAAGCUGUGCUGAAUUGGAGGGAUUGAAUCUGAAGAGAUCAAUUCUGUUGAUCCUUAUGCGGCAAAGGCAGGUACCUAGGUGGGUGACACGCUCCUACGCCGUCCAAUUAAGUAAGGUAGGUAUGUAGCCAAAAGCAACUUGGGACAAUGCAGAAGGUCAGGUAGC